AUGAUGCGACCAAACACCGUGCGGUCCUUCCGAUUGAUACCGCGUGCCUUCCACCAACCAAACGGCAUUCGACCGUCGUUUCUACAUCAACGGAAGAGUUUCCACCUUUCAAGGAAGUAUCUAUAUGCGGACGAGAAACCUCAGCCUUUUAAGAACCAACUGUAUGAAAGUACCCAGCAGCGGCUGAGGCGUGAGCGUGCAGAGCAGGAGCGAUAUGCGCAGUAUCAGACUCAAUCCCAGAGUGGGCGAUAUGCAGCUUUGAUGUUUGCAUUGGUAUUCUUUUCCACUGGAGCUUAUUACUUGGGGUCUCUGAAACCCGCGGGCCUCCCGACGACAUCCACGUCAAACCUAUACGAGCUUGAAUCCCCGCGGCACGAUAUUUCGCCAUCUAAUCUGCAAGCUGCUUGGGCGGACUUCGUUGAGAUUUUAGGAAAGGAAAAUGUCUCCACGGAGCACACCGAUUUAAUCUCCCACGCAGGCUCAGACUGGUCUUCCUACAAAGCCGAUGAAAAAGAGAAGCCGUUCCUUGUUCUGUACCCGUCAAGUACCGAAGACGUUUCUCGCAUAAUGAAGGUGUGCCAUCAACGCCUCAUCCCUGUAACACCAUACUCCGGCGGAACAAGUCUGGAGGGUCAUUUUGCUCCCACCAGGGGAGGUGUGUGCAUUGAUUUUCGCCGCAUGGAUCGCAUUUUGGAAGUACAUAAAGGUGAUCUGGACGUUGUAGUCCAGCCUGCGAUUGGGUGGGAAGAAUUGAACGAGACACUCUCUGAUGAAGGCCUCUUUUUCCCCCCGGAUCCCGGUCCUGGCGCCAUGAUCGGUGGCAUGGUAGGUACUGGUUGUUCGGGAACAAAUGCCUAUCGGUAUGGGACCAUGCGUGAGUGGGUUCUCUCGCUGACUGUUGUUCUUGCGGACGGCACAAUUAUCAAAACAAGACAGCGUCCACGGAAGUCUAGCGCUGGUUACGACUUGACGCGUCUCUUCAUUGGUAGCGAGGGUACCCUCGGGUUGGUCACAGAAGCUACGUUGAAGUUGACUGUCAAACCAAAAAGCCAGAAUGUUGCUGUUGCCAGCUUUCCUUCUAUCCACAGCGCCGCCCAGUGUGUCACGCGUGUUGUGGAGGAAGGGAUCCCCGUCGCUGGGGUAGAGAUCCUAGAUGACGUGCAAAUGAAAUGUAUCAAUGCAAGCGGAACCACAUCACGCCAAUGGAAGGAAGCACCUACCAUCUUCUUCAAAUUCACAGGGACGCCGACAGGUGUCAAAGAGCAGAUUGGUCUAGUCCAGAAUCUUGCUUCGUCCGCCCAGGCUAAGUCCUUUGAAUUCGCCCGUGGCGACGAGGAAAUGGCCUCACUUUGGAGCGCUCGCAAGGAGGCACUGUGGAGUGUUAUGGCGAUGAGACGGGGUCCAGAGGACCACGUGUGGACCACCGAUGUGGCAGUCCCGAUGAGCAGACUGCCUGAUAUUAUCGAAGCCACGAAGCAAGACAUGACACAAAGCGGUCUACUGGCUGGUAUCUGUGGUCACGUCGGGGAUGGCAAUUUUCAUGCAAUCAUUUUGUGGAAUGACACGGAGAGGAAAACCGCAGAAGGUGUCGUUCAUCGCAUGGUAAAGCGAGCUGUUGAGAUGGAAGGUACCGUGACUGGUGAACAUGGUGUAGGCCUCAUCAAACGAGACUACCUCGAGCAUGAAGUCGGAGAGUCAACAGUGGAUGCUAUGCGCCGGGUGAAACUGGCCCUGGACCCACUUCGACUACUCAAUUGUGAUAAAGUUGUUCGGGUCGAAGCGCCGAAUCCUGGAGAGAUUAAGGAAUGGUAA